UUUCUGUCGAACACUGCUGUUGUUUUUGCAAAGCUUUCCCGCGAUGUUCUAAGCUAGCACGUUAUCACAUGAUCAAGUGACGUCACAGCUAGUUGAUCUUGGGACAACGACGACGACGCAAACGUCGGGAGGGGCAUUCCGAUUCAUUGCUUUGCGCUAUUAUUGUACUGUUGUUUGGCUCCAGGGUUAAACCCGAUGCGUGCAGGCGGCCUUCUAAAUCUGUUAUGUAGAACUUCGUUAUCUAAUGUGUGUUUUAACUAAGGCUGGAGUAUGUGGCUUGGAGGCUGCUAUUUCUAGCGUAGAAGUUUCUGCGUUGGCAUGUGAACUGUAGUGUAGAAUCUUUGCGCUUGAACCUCACGUAUGUAACACUGUGAAUGAAAAGAAAAAAACUGCAAAAAAAAAAACAAAAACUUCGACUAACUAAAAUUAUCCAAGAAAUUGGUUGACAAAAUUUUCCUCUGGUGGGGAUGUUUAAAAUCUAAACAACGAAGAAGGGAGAUAAAUCCAACAAGAUCAGCGGAUCGAAAUAUUCAACACUACAUAAUGCAGAUUGUUCAGGUCCUCGGUUCGUCUCUCGUUUUCUUAUCUCUCGUUGCUUAUCCAUUCAUGCUGCAGUUGCUGACUUUCCGGUGCUGAUGCAACGCCAACAUAUUUUCUGCUGCAGUGUAUAGCUUUGCUGUUUGCACCGAGAAUGCAAGUGCAUCACUAGUCGUCACGAGAUGAUUUGGCGCUCCAAUUUAACUCAAGUCAAUUUAUUUUCUUUACUCAAUAAAUAAUAAUAUAGUAAUAAUGAAAGCGACCUCAAUAUCAACAGCAUACCACUACUGACACGACCUCAUUCAUAGAAUAUAUCAACUGCAACAGAAUAGCAGCAAUAGUAACACGAGAAAAUAAAUAGCUGAACUCCGAGACCGGUAUGAGAGUACAAGCAGACGGAGAAGACGUGAAAGAAGAACCGUAACAACAACAAUACACCAUCGUUAUCACCACCAAACAGCAUUAUUAGUACGCACGAAAACAAUAACUUGUCAGUCCCAGCCUGAAUUGUAAAGUUUCAUGUAUAUGUGACGAAGCGUGUAAAUAUGUGAUAGAAACGAAAGUCUGACUAAACACAACAGUGAAAGAAGAAGACUGGCGACAACUGCAACGGGAACAAACGAUAUAAAAAUCAAUAUCAAUAUCGGCAACUGAUAUAAAUAAAUAUAAAUAUCAUCUGCACAGAAUAUAGAACAACGGAACAGUAUUCUACGUAACAACGGAACAUCUUUCUACGGAACAGUGGAACAUACCCCGGGAAAGGGAACAAGCUAAAAGUAUUGCAAUGGCUUGAGAAAUAUCUGUAUAUUCCUUUUAAUAUUAUUAUCUUUUACGUCUCCCUUUUAUCGAUAUCCUCCACUUAGAUUCCCCGUUUUUCAUAUUUUGGAAUUAAACAACACAGCAACAUCGAUAGGACCUUAGGAUAAACACAAGUCAUGUUUGUAUUACCAAGUCGCCGUUUGAUUCUUAAUUAAAAUGUGGUAGCCACGCUGAAAAGAUGUCCAGCGAAGUGAAUAACUCCGAUACCCCCUGCGCCGGCCUAGACGAAUGGCCUGGUCAGAUGAUACAUCAGGCAGCCAUCUACAACAACAGUGAGUUGAUGCAGUGUCUACUGGAAGGAGACGAGUUGGCAAAUGUUAACCAAUUAGAUAGCAGUGGUCGGACAGCUGUCUAUACUGCAGUGACAAAUAACAGUGUUGAUUGUCUCAAAUGGCUCAUACAUUAUGGAGCUAAUCUGAACCUUCCGGGAGGCCCCAAAUGUCACAACAAUACACCGCUCCAUGUUGCUGUGGAGAAAGGCUUCAAGGACAUUGUUGUCACCCUUCUUGAUGCUGGCGCUGACCUCAAUGCCUUAAAUGUAUUCAACUUGACCCCAGUGAAAAUUGCUGAACUGCGAGGGGAUGUGGAGAUCUACAGCUGUUUAUUAAGAGAGAAAGCGAAAAGAACUGCAAAAUGGGUUAAAAUAGCUGAUGAGUUUUUAUUAGCUUGUGAACAAGGAGAUAUGAUGAGAGCUUUGGAGUUACGGGAGAAAAUCGGUGAUCGGGCAGAAUCUAUCAUUAGCGCUAUGAAAUACAACAAGACUCUUUUGUGUGUAUGUAGAUCAGGAGAGAAAGAUCUGGUUCGCCUUUUGCUCACAAUUAAUCUGGAAGUGGAUAGUAUCAGCUUUGGUGAUAAAUCUCCAUUACAUGUGUCCUGUGAAGAAGGUCAUUUGGAAGUGACCUUGUUGUUGCUUGAGAAAUAUCCAGAAAAUGCAGCGUUGCGUUGCCCCAACGGAAGACUUGCUAUACAUUAUGCUGCCAUGAAUGGUAAACUAGAUAUUGUUUCCUUAUUACUGGAGUUUCCAUACCCUGAUCAAGCACUGAUGCAAAUUAAUCACACGACUGAUGGCAUUCAACAUUUCCAUCACGCCUUCGAUCCUGAUACUUUGGACUUUGAUUCCAAGUCAGCCUUGUACCACGCCUGUGAAAAUGGACACUACAGUGUUGUCAAGUACAUGCUUCACAAAGAAAUGCCUGCGUGUAAGACAUGUGUAAAAUGCAUUCCGGAAAAGACUUCUGACAGUAUGACCCAAAGUCAAAUGUUUCCCACAGUUCACUUAUGUAAACCAUUCACUGUAAAUGGACUGAGUCCUCUGCAAAUAGCUGUUCUUCAUAAUUUCCAGGAAAUUGCAAGUAUACUGCUAGAGACUGGGGUUAACACAGGAGUUAGGGCUGACCCUAAUGAACUCACAUUCGUCUUGAAAACAGCUUCUGAUUACAGUUACAUUUCUUUGGUUGACCUCCUUUUACAACAUGGUGCCAAAGACGAUCGCAAUCAUAUUCUCAUGGCUGCUGAAAUAUCUCAGGAUAUCGAGAUGCUUGGGGUGAUUCUAAAAUAUAAAACUGUACCGGAUACUCACUGUCAUAUUGACCGUAAUCAAGUGAAGCUGAAAGCUUCUGAGCUGUCUUUUAUGUCAGAGAGUGGUAACAUUGAGAGCUUUAACUCUUCUGAUCUCGACGGACAACUUUAUCCUCCAAUGACUGCUGUUUCUCUUUGCUGGCAGGACUUGCGGAUUCUCACAUGCGUGCACACUUCUUGGUUGAUUUCUGCUUCUUUGCUUCACAACCCUUACCUUAAUAGCAGCCACACACAACUGUCAUUGUGUACCAUCACAAGAAUUAAUCUUCAGGGCAACAGAAUAUUAAAGUUUCCGUCCAUUUUAUAUGAAUUAUCUUCUCUUUGUUACUUAGAUAUUUCACACAAUGAGGUUGAUGCUCUUUCUGAAACAAACCCCUUACAGAUUGGAGAACUGUGGCCAAAUCUAGUCAAAUUGAACAUUAGUCACAACAAGUUACUUUUUUUACCAAGUUAUAUCUUUCAUUUACCUAUACUAUUUUAUUUAAAUGCUUCUUACAAUCGCUUAGAGAACAUUCCAGAGGACUUUUGGUUCACAUCUUCGUUAGAGAAUGUUGAUUUCUCUUAUAAUAACUUGCGAUCCUUCAUGUGUCCAGCUUAUCAGAGCCGGGUAAUGAUGUCAAAUCGGCAAAGAUAUUCAACCACCUACUCAUGCAAUGAGAGUGUUUCCAGCAAUGACAAUUCAGAAGUAUUCACCUUGGGACAUUCCACCAGCCAAGAGCUGGAAGAGUAUAGCGAUACUGUGUUAUCGCAUAACUUGAAAAUGGAUGUGCAACAUUGUGUCUACUGGCACAGCAGUUUGCAGGUGAGCACAGAAUCUGAUGUGCCCGCUAACGAUGAAAAUGGACGUAAACUAGGCCUUAAAGUUCUCAACCUUUCAUCCAAUCACUUGAAAGAAAUUCCUGAGGGUUUGGCUUGUUGUUUCCCAAACUUGGAUCAGCUAAAUAUCUCGGAAAAUGAUAUCUACAAUUGGGGCAAUCUCAGUCUUUAUCCAUCAAUGUUGCGAGAACUUGAUCUCAGUCAAAACCGACUCAUCAAUAUGUCGUCGAAACAAGGUUCUACAUCAACAAGCACGGAGUCGUUGUUUUGCUAUAAUACCAGACAGGGAUCAACAUCUUCGUGGAGGCACAGUGGCACACCACCAUUUACUUCUUACAUACAAGACUUGAAUACUUGUGUUCAUCGUCAGCACCGAAUUUUGGUGAAUUUGCAGACAUUGAAUUUACACGCUAAUCGUCUUUCAUCCUUGAACUUCAUUCAUCCUGUUAAUACAUCUGCUGACUCUUGCCAUUCACGGAAUUCUGUUGGAACCGAAGGCUCUUUCCGAAGUUCUGCAACAUCUGGAAUAGGUCCACCCCCAGUGGUAAUAUUCCCAAACUUGACCAUGUUGGAUGUGAGUUUUAAUCGAAUCAACAAAGUUGCUGGUGACAUUGGUUUACUGUCUCAACUGAAAAUGCUAAAUCUUAGUGACAAUGAUAUACGAGAGCUUCCUGCUGAAAUGGGUUUAUUGAAAAGAUUGUGGAAGCUUGAUCUGGAAAACUGUCCCUUAGAAGGGCCUGUGCACGACUUGCUUGCAAUGAAUCGACCUGCUGUUGAGAUUACAGGCUUUCUUAAUUCAGUGCUUGAAGCGGAAUGUGAAUACAACUGCUUAAAUCUGAUGCUUGUUGGCACUCAUAAUGUUGGUAAAACAUCUUUACUGUUGCAACUGAGGAAACUCUGCAAAAUACCCAAAGACAGUCGACCAAAACAUUGGGUGGAGCGCAUUGGAGGAAGCGGCACAGCGAAGGGACGGUUAUUAUCAACAGUAGGCAUUGACAUGGAGAAGGUGAUUCUUGAUAAACCAACAAAAGGUCCAAUCACAUUCCGGACUUGGGACUUUGGAGGGCAGCGAGAGUACUAUGCCACACACCGCUACUUUCUGCUGAAGCGUUCACUCUACCUUGUAAUCUGGAAGAUUUCAGAUGGUGAGGAAGGUGUUAAUGGUAUGCUUCAGUGGUUAAUUAAUAUCCAGUCUCAAGCUCCUGGUUCAUCAGUUAUCAUUAUUGGAACUCACUUGGAUGUCCUCAAGAACCGAUCAACUCGUGGCAGCUUCCCAAAAGACUUUGAAGAAACCAUGAUGAAACUCAUUGAAGAACGGUACAUGGUGCCUGAACCAGACAAAUGUGGUUUGCCUAUUGUGAUUGAUGCUUGGAAUGUUAGCAACAUAACAGGAAAUAAUGUGAAAAAACUACUACAGCGUAUAUACGACUUAGCUUUUGAGCUAAGGUAUCCAAAAAGUAAACAAACCAUUCUACUGAAACAAAAGAUUCCAAAGAAAUAUUUGUACCUACAAGAAAUAGUUCAAGAAAUAGCGGAAAACAAGAAAGCUAAUGGAGAAGACCCUGUGUUAACACGCGAAUUGUACAAAAUACAAGUGAUGAACAAGAUGAUGGAACGCAUUGGGACAUCAUUUAGGGAUGUUGCUGAACUUGAUCAAGCCACACACUUCCUUCAUGAAAAUGGUGUCCUUUGUCAUUAUGAAGAUAUCAACCUGUCUGAUACGUAUUUCCUUGACCCCCAGUGGCUUUGUGAUCAACUUGCUAAAGUGGUCACCAUUCGAGAAGUAAACAAAUUUGCUGUCAACGGUGUGAUGUAUAUGAAGGACUUAGGACUGCUCUAUAAGAGUUUAUCAAAGAGUCCAAAUUCUGGUUCCCAAGGCUAUAUGUUAGACUUACUGAGUAAGUUUGAAUUAGCCCUACAGUUUGAUAAAGAUAAACUUUUAAUCCCAUCUUUGCUACCAACUGUGCCCUGCGAAAAACAAGUUCUGGUAAAAUUAAAAUAUGAUGAAAGUGAUGAAGAAAAUCCAAAUUUGGACUUUGAUGAGAGCAUCAGUAUAAAACCCCCAGAAAAUUUUCCUACCAAACCACUACCUCAGAACAAUCUUGUAAAAGUUGAAAUGUCUCCUGUUCUUGAAAAUAAACAAGAAAAUUCUUUUGAUACUUCCCAAGCAAAACUGAAUUCUUAUAAAUUGGAACCGAUCCAUUCCAUGUGCCGAAUAUACCAGCUAAUGUACAUACCAAGUGGAUUUUGGCCCCAGGUUAUUACAAGACUUUUGGCAGACAAAUGUAUAUACACCACAGCUGAAUACUUGUUUGAUAUCGAUUGUUGUUGUGACCAGUGUCUGCCAAUUAUCCGCAAAGAAAUUGUGAAGACAAUUCGAUGGCGGUGCUGGCAGAAACAAAUGGAACUAGUGUACAAGAAUUGUGUGUUACUGAGUGUGAAAGAAGCCAGUGUCGACUCCCCUGGGGUCAUAUGUGACUUUACACGUUGUACAGUCUUGUGUCACAUGGGACAGAGGUGGGAGAUUGUAGACUUAAAACAAGCUUCCGUUCUGGAGCUUUGUUUCCCCAGCAAUGAAUAUUCUAUAAAUUUUUAUAACAACAUUUCCAGUGAGCAGCAGAAGAAAACAUCUCAGCAAAAAUGUGAUAUAACAGAAAAUGAACAGCAGAGAACUUCAAGUGAACAAUAUUGCCUUUUUUGCCAGAAUGUCAACAAAGUGUGCGACUUUACUCUAGUUCGCAAUGAGAAGUUGUCCUGCAGACUUCUGGCCCGUGUCAUUGAACACGUUGACAACCUGUUGCAGGACUGGUACCCAGAGCUUGGCGAGCAGCGUUUCAUUCAGAACAUCCACGGUCAGUAUCUGGUCAGUCGGCUUGUACCAUGUCCUUGCUGCUUGACCACCAUACAUCACAAACAGCAGAAAGUCAAUAACAAAGACAAUUGGAUUAUGGUCAAUGACUUGAUUAACCAAUCAGAGCUGUGUCUAAAUUUAGACAAUAUGGACGAGGAUCAAUCUAAAGACUGCUCUAAUAAACUACUUGUCAAUUCGACUUUGCACUCGUUUUUGGUGGAGGAAUGCAUGUUAAAUGUUCUGGAACAGCAGUCUGCAGACUGCCCCAUUCAUGGAGACCUUGGUCGUUAUUGGGUUGCUUCAGAUAAUCAGCUUAAGAAACUUUAUUUGGCCCCCGAUAUUGUGAAUAAUUAUAUAAUUAUUAUGCAAAUGUAUGAUGUAAAAAAUAACUAUGUAACAUGUUCUGUUGAAUUUUCUCAGAAUUUGCCUGCGAAAUCAAGUGCCAUAAAAAAUUUGUGUGAUACUAAAAGAAAUAGUACGACAAUUGACCAUCGUAUGUAUAAUGCAGUCCAUGCGUAUACAACAGCACGGCAAGAGAUUGCAAUUCUUCAGUCUCUUCAUCAUCCACAGAUUGUUGAACUUUUGGGCGUCGUUAUUCAUCCUUUGGCCUUAGUUCUUGAAUUGGCACCACAUGGCUCACUGAAUUCUUUAUUGAAAACAUAUCGAGAUAAGCAAGACAUGCUGCCUGUGUUUGCUGUUAAAAAUGUUAUAUUACAGAUUGCUUCAGCAUUAUCUUAUCUCCAUUCAAAAGGAAUAAUCUACCGCGACCUUAAAUCGGAAAACGUCCUUGUCUGGUCAUUCCCCAUUCCACUUACAGUAAAGCCUGACUUCCACGUUGAUGUCAGGCUUGCUGACUACGGCAUCAGUCGUAUGUCCCUACCGACUGGAACUAAAGGCUUUGGUGGAACGCCACCUUUCAUUGCUCCAGAGAUACUUCAACAUGUUGGAAAGGACAUCUACACAGAUAAGGUUGAUAGCUUCUCCUUUGGAAUGUUUAUCUAUGAAUUGGUCACUUGUCAGCAACCAUUAUGGAAAGAAUCUCAUGUUAAUAAUUUUAUCUGCCAAGGUGGACGGCCAAAAGUAACUCCUGAGGAGACCGAAUGUCCUUCCCAUUUUCUUGAUUUGAUGACACUCUGCUGGUCACAGGAAGCCAAAGAUCGUCCUUCUAUGGACGACAUCAUUAAAUUAGCAAGUUGUACAGAGUUUUGCCACUUUAUGGAUGCCGUUUCACUUGAAGCUGCUGUAACUGUUUUAGCAUCAUGCAUAUUCUUUUAUGGAUCCUCAUCAGAGUCGUGUGCAUAUGAUAAUAUACGAGAUAUUGGGGAAAGUUAUACCCAACUCUGGCUAAGCACUCACCUAGCUGAUAAAAAUAUGCUGGAAAUCUACACCUUCUACCGAAAUAAAUGUGUGGAGAGCAAGUUUGUGAAACACCUCUCCGUACAUGCCCUGUGCAGCAGUGACCAGCAUGUGUGGGGUCUUGGAAAUAAACAAAUGGUAUACGUAUUCAGCCCUGAGAGUUUGCUCUGUAUCCAACAGAUAAUGUUGACUGUCGAACCAGUGUGCAGUCCACUGGACAUUCAUUAUUUAGAACAGAGCAAGAAGAUCCUCACCAUCUUCACCGAUGGCACUGUCAUAGCUUGUGAAGCAGAGGUAAGCGAACACAGUCUGAAUCUGGAGGAAGAAAAUGAAGCUGUGGUGCAUACAUUGCAACUGCCAAGGAAUACAACAUUCUCUUCCACAGUUGUUGAAACUAGACAUCGUUGCUUACUGUGGAGGGGAACGACCGAUUGUAUGUUGGAAGUUUUUGAUAUCACAGAUCUUCUGGAUUGGCAACAGAAACACGAUGUCAAGGCUAUGACAGUGGGGCACCUAGCAGAUGAGAAGGGCCAGAGUGUGUGUUAUCUCCUUGUUACAUGGUCAUCGGCUUUGACCAACACUGACUACGUUUUCUCCUACAACUACCCAGGUUCUACUGUUGUGAGGUGGAAUGUUCACACUCAUCUUCAAGAGUCAACACUUGACUGUGAGUCUGCAGUUGCGGAUAUUAAGAGACCAAAAAAGAAAACCUGCCUAGUCACAGCUAUGAAUGUCGUUGCGGGCCACCUAUAUGUUGGAACGACGCUUGGGAUUAUUGUCGUGGCCGAAGCGCUAACCAUGGUGCCUCUUGCUAUCCUCCAGUGUCAUGGAACUAGCGAAUUCUACAUCAAAGCAAUCCAACCUUUACAGGUAGACACGGGCAUGAUGGAGGUAUGUACACCGGCAUCGACAGUUGGAAUUCCGCGGAGUGCUCAGUCAUCAAGAGACCAGCGAGGCAUCAUCACCGUUGGCCGAGGUUUCGUGGACCCUUUUAGAAACUUUCUGGAGCAGCUGAAAAGGUCCUCUGUGCCUUACUUGGAAAGCGGCAAACUUCCCGAUGACAUGUAUAAACGCCAUGCGUUUCUUAUUAGCUGGAUUGCAGAAGACUGGUGCAAUUAUUGAUAUGUUUCAUCCGUUACUCUUUUAAACUUGUUCUCUUAAAAGUAAAAAGGAAGACAACUUUUUUGGGGGAAAAAACAAAAGCAAAAACGUCUUGAAAUCAAUUUAAAGAGGACGGAAAGAAAAACACCUCAAUAACAAAAGAACAACAGAAAAUCUCUUUCAAAUUUCUGAAUUUCUCUGCCAAAUGAAACAACAACAACAACAACAACAAAACGGAAAGGGGUAAAGCAACAAAAAAUAUAAAUAAAUAAAAAAAAGACGAAAACAAGAAGAUAUGAGAAAGUAUAAGAAAAAAACGUACUUCUAUGAUGGUAAAAAAUUUCCAGAGAAGUGGACUAUUA